UACAGCAGGUGGAUUGUGAGCUGAGAGACCAGGGCCAGAGGCUACGACGAACUGCGGUGACCGGGAUGGCCAAGUAUGUUUUCGGCGGACGCGAGUGGCUUGCAGCAGUGUGCAUUUCGACGCUGGUGUGCUUCAUUUCGUCCGCGGUCUUCCUGUUGGGGAUGGAGAAGAUGCCCUUGCUGGGGGUGACCGAGUUCUACGAGUCGCGGUGGUUUUACACUGUCUCAACGGGCUUCGUUGCCGCAAUGUGUGCGUGUCUCUCUCCGGACUGGCAGUAUGCGGUCGUGAUAUUGAUGCAGAACGCGAUCUUUACGCUGCUGACACUGUACUCGGCGGCCUGCCCGAUCAACGACAUGUCGUGCAAUAUGGCCUUCCAACCAGCCCAAGUAGUCAUGAGUGGCAUGAUCUUCUUCCUGGUGUUUCGCUUUGCUGUCUGUCGGAGCAGUGCUGAAGCAUUUUUGACGUUUACGCUGGAUGCGCUGGGUCUGAUCUACAUCAUCGGCACGCUAUCUGUACUUGUGUCCUUUGUAGACGACGAACGGAAGACACUGUACCGGAAAUUGCUCAUCGCGUUGCUCUACGUCGUGUGGGCGUCAGACACAGGAGCCUACAUCACCGGCAAGGCACUUGUAAUGGCGAAAUACCCGUACUAUAACCCUCUGGCCGCGCACCUCUCCAAGAACAAAGACUAUGAAGGAACACUUGGGGCUAUUGGAUUCGGGAUCGUUGCCAUGGUUGUGUCAUCCGACAUGCUCGACCUUCCUGGCUCAUUUGGGACGAAGGUGUCCUUCACUGUAGUGGCGGUGGUUAUCGGCCGUCUGGGCGAUCUCUUUGAGAGUUUGCUGAAGCGUGCAGCUGGCGUGAAAGACUCCGGCUCGCUUAUCCCAGGCCAUGGCGGCGUAUUAGACCGCAUCGACGCACUGAUGUUCGCGACGCUGGUGUUUUCCCGAUACUACACGAUGGUGUAUUGAAUGAAAGUUCUCAAGUGUGGACCGUCGACAACAGCUCGAUCUAUUUGGGCGGAUGAUGCGACGAAUUUGGGUAGACCUCAGGUUGGAGGUCUGAGGAUGAGCGUCCGCAACAUUUAUUUAUCAUUUCACGUAAGCAUGGCUACAAUUACAUUCGUUUCGUUUCAUGUCCACGUAUAAGCUUUCUCACAGACAUUUUGAUCUAUCCCUGGCGAAGGGUGGGAAACGAGGUCUGGCGGAUCGCUGCAUCCAGCGUCGUCCGACAAAUGUACUAAGCUUACAUGUAGUGUGUGCACCACUUGUUAGCGGCAAUGCUAAACUUCAUAACGCGAUCUGCUUAUUUUGCUGCACAAGCCGCAGCAUAGCUCAAGUGUAUCAGCUAAACUCGAAAGCGACACGACCCACCAGGGCAUGAACUGGAGGUCAAACUCUUCAGUGUACAUCAGCAACUAUGAAUCAUAGUUGCUGUUCAUAGUCUAUGAAGCCCGCUCGCAGUGAAUGUGCCUGUUGUUCAUUGCCCUACCGGUAGCGUGGCAACUGAUCCAGAUUAACUCGAGGAUUAAUUCUAAUCCAGAAUUAAGCAAUUUAAGUUCUAAAAGCAGCCCGGCUCACGGGCCCAUCCCCUCCUAAAUUCUAAAAUUAAAUAAAGCCGGUGCAGCGCAACUUGCACCCUUCCUGCACUGCUACGGUUGACUCGCGGGCGGUCGUUCGGUCGCGAGGAUGACCCCGCAGCCACAGAGCCCCGACGCCAGCAGCCUGCUGGCAGCAGGACGAUACGCUGGGCAUUCCGAUCAUGCCGCAGCCGUCGAGUGCCGUGCAAAACUCUCCUCUGGAGAGCUCCUACCACAGCUUCAGCCAGUCGCCAACGCGCCGCUGCUCGGCCUUGGCCUUCCUGCGCCACAACGCGGUGCAGCGCACGCUGUCCGCCGCCGUGUUGGCGCCCGCCGUGAUCGUGUUCCUAUGGCAGUCCCCAGCCAUUGCCACGUCCACCGUCUGCAGCUUCAUGACCAGCACGUGCUCGUACGAGUACGCGUGUCUGGCCAACCGCAUCCGACUGAGACUAUUGACACGCCUGGAGGCGCUGGAGAGCUCUGUGGGCAGCUUAACAGGCCCUGUACCAGGCAUCAGCGACAUCUCCCAGCAAGACACACGGAGUGACAGCAGUAGCGACAGCUUUACCAGCAGUAGGACGUUCGACUUUGACGUGACCACCAGUCGGACGUUCGUGUUUGACAGCACGACCAACUCGCAGCUGCAUCGGAGACUUUCACUGGAUGGCGACAGGUAUACAGCAAGAACAACGACGACCAGAGCGUUCCACGAAGAACAGGAGGCGCGGGAGCUGGCGCAAGUCAAUAGUGAACUGACGGAGCAGGCGCCGAGGUUACGACGCUGUGCGGUCACGGAUGCGGCGACGUACAUCUUCGGAGGACACGAGUGGCUUGCGGCGUUGUGCAUCUCAUCUCUGCUUUGCGUUAUUUCAUCGUGUGCAUUCCUGCUGACAAUUCAAGGAGUGAGUGCGUUGGAGUCGACGGAGUUUUAUGAGUCACGGUGGUUUUACACUGUCGCGACAGGGUUCGUUGCUGCCAUGUGCGCGUGCCUCUCUCCAGACUGGCAGUACGCGGUUAUCGUCUUCCUGCAGAACGCCAUCUUCACGAUCCUCACGUUGCACUCGACAGCGUGUCCGAUGAACCAGCUCACCUGCAAUAUGUCGUGGAAGCCGUCACAGAUCGUCCUCGCAGGCAUGGUGGUCUUCCUGUUGUUUCGGUUUGCUACGUGUCGGAGCAAUGCUGAGGCGUUCUUGACCUUCACGCUGGAUGCGGUGGGACUUGUCUACAUUAUCGGCACGCUGUCAGUGCUCGUAGCAUUUGUGGAUGACGAGCGACGGACACUCUACCGGAAACUGCUCAUCGCGUUGCUCUACGUCGUGUGGGCGUCCGACACAGGCGCCUACAUCACUGGCAAGGCUCUAGCUCUCGCGAAAUACCCCUACUACAACCCGUUGGCUGCCCACCUAUCCAAGAACAAGGACUAUGAAGGAACACUUGGCGCUAUCGGCUUUGGUAUCGUCGCCAUGGUUGUGUCGUCCGACAUGCUCGACCUGCCCGGUUCAUUCGGCAUGAAAGUGGCUUUCACAGUGGUGGCGGUGGUUAUUGGCCGCCUAGGAGACCUGUUCGAAAGCUUGUUGAAGCGUGCAGCGGGCGUGAAAGACUCUGGCUCGCUGAUUCCAGGUCAUGGCGGUGUGUUAGACCGCAUCGACGCGCUGAUGUUCGCGACGCUGGUGUUCUCUCGGUACUACGCCAUGGUGUACUGAACGGUGUCCGUCAUACGUCAAGGGCAGGAAAAGUCUAACCGUGCCAUCUUUACGGACUCUUCAACGUGGGGCUGCUGUCUCCUCCAGCAGAUUUUGCUCGCCUGCGUCACCUCCAAAGCGGAGACUACCAUAUCAUUGAACGUGUGUGCCGUUUGUGCGCGUGAGUAAGUUGUUUCAUCGGUUUUGCUAUAUAGAUAUCAAUCAACUCCCUCAAAUGUGUUCUCUGGGUCUAGAUCCGCACCCUCUUGCCCCCUCUGCUAACUGCAGCUACGAGCUCAGUACUUGGGGUCCACUGCACGCGCCCAGUUCUGCCACAGCAUCGGAGUAAUUAUCAGAAAAGAACCAAAACCCUCACAAGAGCUUCAAUUCCACGUGCGCACCUUGUAGUCCGGGUCGUACUUGAAGUCGCCCUCGUUCAGGAACAACAGGUCCGUCAACAGCAGCAUCGUCAAGAAGAUCACCAGCGUCGCCUGCAAAAUAAUAAUAAAAAAUAAUGAUAAGUAACCAAAACGAUUUUUGUGACGUGUAUUCUACUCAGACAGCGCUCCGUACCCAGGGCAUCCAGGCCGCGUCCGACGCCGCGAAGGCCACGAAGAUGAAGAAGACGAUGAUCAGCAGCUGCAGCUUCUGUCGCAGGGCCGAGAACCACAUGAUGCCGCCGUCCGAGUACCGGGUACU